UGCCAACAGCAUGGGCAAACGCAGGGAGAGUAAGACUCUAGAGUAAUCUCACUGGGUAGAGUAACCUUACCGGGUAAUCUCACCGUGUAGCGUAAUUUCACCGAGUAGAGUAAUCUCACCGUGUAUAGUAAUAUCACCGUGUAAUCUCACCCGUUAGAGUAAUCUCACCGUGUAUAGUAAUAUCACUGUGUAAUCUCAGCGGUUAGAGUAAUCUCAUCGUGUAAUCUCACUGUGUAGAGUAAUAUCACUGUGUAAUCUCACCGGUUAGAGUAAUCUCACCGUGUAGAGUAAUAUCACCGUGUAAUCUCACCGGUUAGAGUAAUCUCAUCGUGUAAUCUCACUGUGUAGAGUAAUAUCACCGUGUAAUCUCACCGGUUAGAGUAAUCUCACCGUGUCUGCACCUGUCCCUCUUUCUUUUUUGCCUCAGUAAACUGAGAUUACCACACACAAAAAAACAACCAAACAAAACAGACAAACAAACGAAAAUUAUCUUGGUCACAAUGAAUUUGGACAGCACUCCCUCUAAGUUUGAAAUAAUGGGCUGGGACUCACAGACUCUGGCUGACUACAUGAAGAAAAUGAGGCUGUCUGGUUGCGACACAGUGGUGAGGAGAAGUGGCAUGAAUGGUUCAAAGUUCUUAGCAAUGUCAUACAUCGAUAUUCAGAAGUUUCCCAAAGUUCAUGUGCCACUCAUCACAAAGAUCAUCAAUGAGAUUAAUCAGGGGGAAAAAAAGAAGGGGCUGUUUCAUCGACCUAAACCGUCACAGCUUCCAAUGCAGGGCUUUGUACAUACACCUGAGACUUCGCAAAGAGACGAGUUUGACGAUGAGGACAGUGAACCAGACUAUGAAGAGCCAGAUGAACCCAGUGGUAAUUUUGAGGACGACUACAUAUGUGCAGUGUCGGAUGGGCUUGACCACGAAGCAGUGAACAGUGAUUGUGAAUAUGAAUUACCUCCUAGCGAAAUCUCCACUGAUACACUGAGCCACUGCUGUGCUACCAGGCCACUGAACAACAGCCAUUACAUAGAUAGCAUUCGGGAGACUCCAGGCCAAGGCCGGACAGCUGCACUUCCCCAGCGGCCAGGCUUCACACUGGCUCCCCCUGCAAAGAGCCAAGCUAAUUUUCUGGAUGCUAACUCUCCGAGGCCUGGUUCUCACCCACAAAGACCCAUAACACCCUCUUCUAAAUGCAAGCCUGUUGGAUCUGGACCUAACAUAGACCGCAGGAACAAGCCUCGCUCGACAUGGUUCUCCAAAACAGUCCCAGAAAAACUAGUAAAAAGCUUCUCUCCAGCCACAAUGAACUUACAAAUGGCUACAGGGUUACCAAAAUCACCAUCAAGAUCCGCGCAAUUUACUUCUAAUAAUCAGGACAUGGACCCAGAGUGGUAUGUAGGGCCAAUGACCCGAGGAGAAGCUGAAUGCUCUCUGAGACAAAUAUAUAAGAACGGCGCAUUCCUCAUUAGAGACAGCUCUACGAACGCCAUAGCACAGCCAUAUACACUCAUGGUACUGAAUGAACACAAAGUAUACAACGUACAGAUUCGUUUCCAUGGAAACGACCACGGCUACUCUCUGGGUACAGGCAUAAUGGGGGCUGAGAUUUUCCCUAGUGUGAGAGACAUCGUCUCGCACCAUGUCAACACUCCAAUCAUGCUUAUAGAUGCCAUGGACCCCAAUAGUGGAGCUCAGCAUCAGUGCUGCCUCCUGCACCCAGUAAGGCAUUAAGCAAGACUGCACACGUUCAGAGGACCAGAAGAAAAGAGCUAGUCAAGACAAAUUAUAGUCUUACAGGAGUUCAACUGACUUGUAUCGAUACAUGCUAUUAAUGCUAUCUAAUACGUACGUUAUUUGAAAAUGUACUGAAAAAUCAAAAAAUAAUGGCAAAAUGAAGCAAACUUUAGUUUAAAUUCCUGUUUCAUAGUGCACUUGCAUGGGCUUUUCCUUUUGGGGGAAAUAAUGUAAAAAAGAUCAUUUGUAUCUGGUACUUUUAAUUUUUGUACAUUUUAAUUUUUUUACACCCAACAAACCGUUUGUAUUUUUGUGUUUGUAUGUAUAA